AUGGGGUUCUCGAGUCAUUUCCGUGGCCUCUCGCCAACCGGCGGUCGUCACAAUGCGCCUGGCCCACGAGCGUCGACUGGCAUGGUCCAGCUAGGCUCUUCUCUUGACACCUACGAGCCACCCCGAAGCCGACACGAUUACGAUGACUACUAUUACCCCUCGGACGUGGGUUAUACCAGCACAUACCGCCACCACCCCCGACACCGGUCCACAAUCGAUGUUCAGCCCGUGUCUACUCAAAAAUACCGUGAACAUGGCCAUUCAACAAAGAAGCGAACCGAGUAUGCCAUUCAGCCGCAAACCAGACACAGAAGCCACACCGCAUCCGCGACGGACAUCUAUGAUAUCCCUGGCCGGCCGGCCGUGCCAUCAUCCUCAUCAUCACAUCUUCGCCCGGUCCACGGCUCGGGCCAUGACCAUCGCACUCCUAGUCCUAUUUAUGCAGAGCCCUCACGCCAGAUGGUUCCCACAUCCUCUUCUCGUCAUGGUAGUGGUCACCGACGUGUGUUUAGCACUGACUACGCCAGUGACACCGGCCGCCUGGAAAUGCGGGAUAGUGCGAGAUACAGACCGGGCGCCCACCACGGUGCACACCGUGUCCAGCCACCGGCGGGCCGGCGGCGGCAUCCGCCCUACGAGGGGCCCAAGAAGGGAUACGACAUUGAUAACUAUGCUGCCUACUCCUACACUGGUCCGGGCGAGGAAGCUAGACGAGACUUGUCUGGCGACUAUCCCAUUGCCCGGCCGCGCCAACCCUCAGGUCGGUCGUCCAUGGACCGGCCGAUGAGUUUGAAUAUUGCUGAGCAUCACCCUCAAUGGCCCGCGCGCAGUAAGGAACCCCGCUCCCACGGCCCACCUCCUACUUCAUGGGCUCUGGACAAGAUAGACCGCGAUGGCCGGCCUCGAACCUCUGCUCGAGGUUUCGAUGAGUACCGGGAUACGUCUAGGACGAGGGCACCCGCUGGUCACGAGCGUGCUUUGGUGCCAAUGCCCCAUGAAUCCGACGAUGACUAUUAUAGUGAUGCUCACCGAAGGUCGCGUCGCGAGGACCCCCGGCGCCAUGUGGAUGACCGGUCCCCGCGACCGCACAAUGGUGGUAACGAUCGCUCGCUAGCCGUAGCCGGACUUGGUACAGCUGCCCUGGCUAGUGGUUUCUCGGAUGCUUCAGACUAUGAACAUCAUCGACCUGGCAGACGCCGUCACCGACGCCGCGAGGCCGAACGGGACUACGACUCUGCCCAGCCCUCCACUAGGGACGUUGCAGAGAGUGGUCCCUCCAACUCGGAGCGACCUCGCCAGCUAACCCUAGAGGCUGGUAAGACCUACCGUCGACGCGGGCAUUCACGACGAAAUAGCCGACGCUCAGAGAGUGAUACGGAGGUCUACACGGACGAUGAAGACCUCCACAAGUACCGGCGUGAACCUGCCGCGGCACCACAUCGGAGCAGACAUAGCAGCACUGAUACAAGUAGUGCCGAAGACCGCUCGGCCAGACGGCCACCACGAGACCGGUCGCACCACCGGUCUCGCUCACGGCGGGCUCCUGAAGAUGGACGGUCCUCGGAGUCGCGAAGCUCUCCUACCAUUGACCGUCGAGAGGAAGCCCGCAAGCCGAUCGCUGUUGAACCCCCUGCCACCAAAGAGGCCGAGCAGCCCGCGCCAAGGGGUAUUCUCAAGCCCCCCAAGAAGGCAUUCCCUGAGGAGCCAAACCCGAUAAGAGAAGGUGUGGCUCCAUUGAAGGAUGCCAACAAGAACGGGAUUCCACCGACGGCCCGAUGGACUAAGAUCGACCGGCGACUGGUCAAUCCCGCUGCAUUGGAGGCAGGCAACGAGCGAUACGAGGAGCGAUCAGAGUUUGUGAUCGUGCUGCGGGUUCUUACCAAGGAGGAGAUCCAGGCGUAUGCUCUGAAGACACAGGAGAUUCGAGGUAAGCUCUUCCCAUUCGACGCUGCGGCAACAUUGGAUGGCACAGAAAACUUACUUGACGUUUCUUCAGAUGCCCGCCGUGAGGAGUACGUUCGUGACACGCGCCAGCGCAGGGAGGAAGACCAGCGCCAUGGCCGUCGGGGCGAGGAAUCCUCCAGUGAUGAUGAGGACGAGAGCGAGGACGAGCCGCUGAAAAUCGAGGCACCCCCAGUUCCAGAUGUGAAUACCUCUCUACCCAUGAGGUCUCGUCAUUCGCCGCCGCUACCCGAGCGCCCACCCGCCGUCCAGGCGUAG